ACCCAUUAAAUAACAGAAAACAGCGUCAAACAUGAACUAACAACACAUCUGAAACUGAAACUUGAAAGGCUGCUGGCAAAAACUUCUUUCGAAUCAUCGACCGGAGAGACCCUUCGCUACUUUCGUUCAUUCCUUCGUUUCCUUCAUCAGUUCUUUUCUCUGUCGUCUCGCCGCCGGUAAGGCCAUUCGAAACCUCUGAAAAAUAAUAACCAUCAAGACGAACCAACCACUACCUAGGGUUUUGUUCCCAAUCGAUCUCCUCUCGAUUUCCCUAUCCAUGCCCUAAUUUUUUUUUUAUCUUUGAUCUCCGGUUGCUUUUCUUAAUUAAUGUUGUGUUUUUGUUUUUGUUCUUAAUUCUCAAUUUGAUAUUUGUGUAUUUUUCGUAUGCUGUUACUUUCCCCCGAUUUGAUACAAUUCACUGUUGGCUGUAUUGAGGAAAAGAAGGAUAAGAUAAGUUAUUGUAAUUGAACCUUUCGUGUUCUUGAUUGGGUUGUGUGAAUUAUUGAAAACCUAAUCGAAUAUUGAUUCUAUUUUUGGGGUUAGGGUUGGAAAUUUGAGAUUUUAAAGGGGUUUUUGGAUUGAAUACAUAUUUUCCUCAAUAAAUUGGUUUACUGAUUGAGAGGAAUUGUGCUUGUGACUAUCAAAUGGCGGCAGGGCGAGAAGGUGUUGUUCUGAGAAGAGAAUCUUACAGAGAGAGUUCCAUCAAGGAGCUUGAUCACUGUAGGCAUGGUUCUGUACAGAAUGGGUUUCAUGUUGGAAAAGAGGAGGAGAGAGAGGAAGGUGAGCUCUGUGUCGAACCUGGGGUGCGUGACUAUGAACCUGCCUCAGGGUUUCAAGCAGUUGAUGGAGAUGAGGUCUUGCCACCACCGGAAAAGAGAAGAAAAUUUUCUCCGAUUGUGUGGGAUCUACCAGAGAAGGAAGGAGUGAUCCUCUCCAAAAAAGGGGCCACACAGGUUAUUACUGUGUCUCACUCCUGUCCAACUCUGUUGAAAAGCCCGGUACAAGAUGGUCGUUUGCAUGGGGGUGUCUCUAGGAUACCUCCACAAAAUUCAUCUUGUGUCUUGCAGUCAGGGCAUGAUGACCAAGAAGCAGAUGAAGAGAACAAUGCCCAAGGGUGGAACAUCAAAAUGUCUAGAUGGGCUUCUGAUGGUCAAUCACCGGUGGGUGCUGUUGAUGAAUUUAAUUUUGGCAAAGUGAAGCCAAGUCCUGAGAUUGGUGAAUUUCAAAGAGAAUGUUCAGAAAGCACAAUCACUAGAUCCUCAGGAAGCAAUGGACGAGAUAAUAGUGGGGGCCACUUUGAUGGUAGUGAUUCUGAAAAGGAAUUCCCUACUGACUCCAUGGUCGAUGAUGAGGAACAGAGUGAUGUUGGUGAUUAUGCAUGUGAUUCUGAUGAAGAUGCCGGUUUAAUGCACCUGCAGAGAAAUAUAAACAUGCUUCAGAGUUGCAGAAGUGUGUGUGAGUUUGAAAUGAUUAAGAAAAUCAACGAAGGAACUUAUGGUGUUGUCUAUAAGGCUAGGGAUAAGAAGACCGGAGAAAUAGUAGCAUUGAAGAAGGUGAAGAUGAAUAUAGAAAGGGAUGGCUUUCCAUUGUCAUCCUUGAGGGAAAUUAACAUUCUCUUGUCUUUUGAUCACCCCUCCAUUGUGGAUGUUAAAGAAGUAGUUGUGGAUAAUUAUGAUGGUACUUUCAUGGUGAUGGAGUACAUGGAGCAUGACCUUAAGGGACUGAUGGAGGCAAAGAAACAGCCCUUCAGUAUGGGUGAAAUAAAAUCUUUGAUGCUGCAACUUCUUGAAGGUGUCAAGUAUCUCCAUGACAAUUGGGUUCUCCAUAGGGACUUAAAGACAUCAAACAUUCUGCUGAACGACAAGGGGGAGCUGAAAAUAUGUGACUUUGGGUUGUCCCGGCAGUUUGGAAGCCCACUGAAGCCAUAUACUCCUAUUGUUGUGACACUAUGGUACAGGGCUCCAGAGCUUUUGUUAGGAGCUAAGGAAUAUUCAACCGCAAUUGACAUGUGGUCAGUGGGUUGCAUAAUGGCUGAGUUGGUUGCCAAGGAACCUCUGUUCACGGGUAGAACAGAACUUGAACAAAUUGAUAAGAUUUUUAGGACCCUGGGUACACCUGAUGAGAAGAUUUGGCCGGGCUUAUCUAAAUUACCUGGUCCUAAAGCAAAAUUUGUUAAACAACCGUACAAUAUGCUAAGGAAGAAAUUUCCAGCCACAUCUUUUACUGGUUUACCAGUUCUGUCUGAGCUAGGAUUCGACUUGUUGAAGAAGCUUCUAACUUACAAUCCAGAAGAGAGGAUAAGUGCAGAAGAGGCCCUUCUUCAUGAUUGGUUCCAUGAAGUCCCCCUUGCAAAAUCUGAUUUCAAGCCAAUUUUCCCUCCUUUGCGUGGCCAGGCCACUUUCAGUGCGGAUUAAAAACCAAGAACAAUGCUAAUUUUUUAUCGUCAUUGUUUCUAAUUAGGUCCUUCCCAUUCAGGGAAUAUCCGGAUAAAUGAUAUGAUAGCAAUGGACAGGCCAAGGAAUUAACCUAGGCUCCAGCUACUUAAUAAUUAGAAAGCGGCAGAUUGAUGUAUAUAUAGUAGUUGAGUUGGUUGGCGUUGUGCCUUAUAUAUAUUUGUCUACUCAAAUUCUCGUUUCGUAUUCGCUUAGAGAUGUACAUGUGUAUCGUGAUUUAUUCUGUAGAUUUGAUGAGUUCCAUGCUAUCUCAAUGCUCUUUCUUUUGUCA